AUGACGGGCCUUGCGGAUAUUGUGGAAGAGAAAGAGUUUGACAUGAGUACAGUCACCGGUAGUGCUACCGACAUGAGCAGCAGUAUUCUGGAGGUGGAAACUCCCACUGCCAAUGCCAUGGUUAUCUCCAACCUGACCAGUGUGCUGAAGAAACAGGGGAGUACCGUUCUGACCAUUGAACGCCGCAUGAAGCAAUUGGGCAAAGAAACAGCGUGGAACGUCCACUACAAUGGCAAGUACAUGACGCAACUGCGCAAUGCUCGUACCGUCAAGCUAGGGGGUGUCAAGAAGGGCGAUAUCAUCACGUUGGUACUCCGAAAUGAAGAACACCACAUUGAAGUCAAAGACGCCACUCAACCUCUCUUGAAGUUGCGAGUCAAGGCAUGUGGGGAUAUUAUCUUUACGGGAUCUGGCAUUGGUGACAAGCAAUGGAUUGAGCCGUGCAAUAGUAACAACGAAGAUCUGCACGAGAGAGAAGCCUUCGAAUGGACCAAGGGGGGAUCUGCCAUUGCUAUUGCUGGUCCUACUCGACGACGUUCUAGUAGUGGCAAAGACAGCUCCUCCAAACGAUCUUCCAAAUCAUCCAAAUCUAGCAAACCUUCUAAUCGAGAUGGAGGAGUCCUCUAUGCCUAA